CACUCAGUGCUGUCAGUUGUUAGAGAGCCGAGCGACUGUGAAGACGUACGUGUGUGCUCAUACAGUGCUCUCAGAAUUUAUUUUUGCAAGCGCAAAAAGUUCUAGCAAAACAACAGUAUAUAGACACAGACAUACAUACAUAUAAACUAUAUACGUACAGAGUUAGUCACCGUUUUUUUUUUUUUUUGUAACUUUUAAAAUACAUGAAAACAUUAAGCGAAUGUAUGUACAGACAUAAACAAAAAGAAAAGUGUACAAAUACAAAAGCAAGCAAAAGUAACGGAAAGUUCGUAAACGACAUUCUUUGCUCGCUAAUGUGGUCGGCAUUGUCGGCCCAGAAAUCACAGCGGAGCAAGCGAGAAGGCAAAACAACGGCAACAAAGCUGCUCGCUGAGCAGAUGUAGCCGCGAGCUUUUAAGAGCAAAGAGCAGCGCUCAAUCCAGAGAGUAGCACAAGAGCGCCAUACAAACGACGCCACCUACUCAAAGAAAAAAAGGCUCCUUGGUCGAGAUUUCCAACAAAACUAAUUAAGGACUAUUAAGAGACUGUUAACAAGGAACAACAAAACCCCAAGCUAAAAUCAUAAAAAACAAAAAACAAAAAACAAAACAAAAAAACAAGGAGAAAGAACGGAAGACUAGCAAUAAUAAUAAUAAUUAUAAUAAUAACAACAACAACAACAACAGCCACAAAUCAAAACCUAAUUUAAAUCUAAAAAGCAAAGUAUUUGUUUUUUUGUCAUCAUUCAAACAGCGAACACAACAAAAAUCACUUUAGCCUUAUAUACAACAACAAAACACUAGUAUAUUACCAUAAGAAACUGCAAGCGCGAUAAAAGGAAGAAACCUGGCUACGCUCUAACUAGGCUAAAGCAAGCUAAAGACACAAACAACAAGAAAAAGAACAAUCGCCUACUCUCUCUAUCUCUCUCGCUCGCUCGCUCGCUCUCUCUCUCUCUCUCUCUCUCUCUCUCUGUCUGUCUGUCUGACAGCAAGAGCUCGAACAGGCAACAGGAAGCAGAUAAUCAACAAACGUGCAGUACGGCAACUCUGGCAACAGCUGCAGCGCAUCAACAACUACUAAAAAAAAAAAAAAAACAAAAAGCAAGCAGCAUCAAGCGCGACGUCAACGCUGCCGCCGCAGCCGCAGCCGCUGCCAGAGGAAAGCAGCAGCAGCAGCAGCAGCAGCGCAGCAGUGGGCAGCGAUGAACACCCAGCAGGAAUAGCAGCAGUUACGUUAGCAAGUGCUUUAGAAUCUGCGAUAGCAGAGCGGCAAUUAAAAGAGAGAGAGAGUUACAAAGAGAAAAUAGUGUGCAAAGUUAACUGUAAUAAAAACAUUUUCAAAAAGCCCUAAGCAAGCGCAGGCGGUGGGGGGUAGCGGCCUAAUGCAAAACAAUAUGGUAAGCAUACCAGCGGCCAAUAUGAACGGCGGCCUCAAGGCAGCCAACGGCAGCGGCACCGUCGUUGGCGUCGGCGUCGGCGUUGGCGUCGGCGUUGGCGUCGGCGUUGCCGGUACAGUGUUGACAAAUGCGCAGCGCGUCUAUUUGACGCCCGCCUCCAGUUACCAUUUAGCUGCGCGACAAACAACUGUAAGCGGCGCUGCAACCGCAGGCGUUGGCGUCGCUGCCACUGCCAAAACGGGCAAUAACAUUAACAUCAACAACAACAACAGCAGCAGCAGCAACAACAACAACAACAGCAGCAGCUGCAAUACAAAUGCGACAGCAUCCAGCAGCACAGCUGGCACCGUGCGCUACUUUUCGCAGUUUAGCAAACUGCAGCCGGUGCAGCAGCUGAACACCAGUGUUGGGCAACGGAAGCUGCUCAAUGGCGACACCAUGGUGUUGGUUAAUGGCAGCAAGCCGCUGAUCUUUGCCACCCCAAACCACAACAACAACAAGUUGAUAGCAGCAGCAACAACAGCAACAGCAGCAACAACAGCAGCAGCAACAACAACCGCAACAACAACAACCGCAACAACAACAACAGUUCCUAAUGGCAACAGAGUGUUAAACAACAAGCAGCAACAACAAAAACAACAAGAGCAAGAACAAGAAGAAGAGCCAGCAGCGACUGUGAUUGAUGAACUGCAGCACGAGGAGCUGCAGAUUGGCAACGAAAUCGGAGACAUAAUUGAGAUCAAGCAGGAGCUGGAGGAGCCAUUGGCAUUGCUAACAUCGUCAGCGCCAAACUCAAUCAAAUCCGGCGACCAGGAUGCCGAGCCCGAGCUGGACAUUGUGAUCAACAAUGUGGUCUGCUCGUUCAGCGUUCGCUGUCAUCUCAAGCUGCGCGAGAUCGCGCUCAAUGGCUCCAAUGUGGAGUACAGGCGGGAGAAUGGCAUGGUUACGAUGAAGUUGCGGCGUCCCUAUACGACUGCCUCCAUUUGGUCAUCGGGCCGGAUAACGUGCACGGGCGCCACAUCUGAAUCACAGGCCAAGAUCGCCGCCCGUCGGUACGCGCGCUGCCUGAGCAAGCUGGGCUUCCCGACGCACUUCCAGAACUUUCGCAUCGUCAAUGUGCUGGGCACCUGCAGCAUGCCCUGGGCAAUUAAAAUAGUCAAUUUCUCGGAGCGACAUCGCGACAAUGCCAGCUACGAGCCCGAACUGCAUCCGGGCGUUACGUACAAGAUGCGCGAGCCAAAGGCCACGCUCAAGAUCUUCUCCACGGGCAGCAUAACGGUAACAGCCGCCAGCGUAAAUGACGUGGAAUCCGCCAUACAGCACAUUUACCCGUUGGUGCAUGAGUUCCGUAAGCAGCGUUCCGCGGAGGAGCUGCAGCAUCUGCGGCAAAAGCAGCGCGCCCAAGGCGGGGACGAUCUCAACGAGCUGGACGAUCAACUGGCGCAGCUGGAGGGUAAGAGCGCUGUCAAGGAUGAUAUGUUCUUAAACACCACCGCCGCACACACAAAUGCCAGCCGGCCGCAAGGAGCUGGCGGCGCCAACAGCCUGCCCAACGCAUCCCUAUACACGGCGCGCCGCAUUGAGCAAUACAAAAGCUAUCAGGAUAUGCAGGAGCAGACGCAAAUGGAGCGCCGCCACGUAAGCUAUGCCACGUGCGACGCCGCCAAAGGCGGCAGCAACAACAGCACCGGCGACAAUAUCUGCGCCAAUGCACGACGCCGCGCCACCGAAUGCUGGGCGACAAAGCUGCAAAACAAACGUCCGCGCUACAAUGAUCCUGGCUCCACGGCGACAGUCACUGCCGGCGCCAUUGCACGCACUGCCAACACCGCCGUCGCCAAUUACAAUACCAAUUUCAGCGCUGUUGGCGUCGCUGCUACUGUGACGGCAACGGCGACGGCGACGGCAAGUGCGGCGAACAAGCUGCUGCGCAACAACAACAAGCCGCCGCUCAUUCCCGUCGAUGUUGUGCUCAAGCAGAGCAGCUCCAGAGCGCGCAAUGCUGCAGCUGCUGUUACGGCGACAGCUUACGAUGAGAGCGUUUACACGAAACGUGAGACAUUCUCCCCAACGGAUUUCCAAGUGGACGAUCUGAUCGAGGAGGAUGAGGAUGACUUGGACAUGCACUUUUAAGAGCAGCCACCGAGCAGCGACCGAGCAGCGCAGCAGCAUCGAUGAUCCAAGCGGAGCAAGCUAAUUGAAUUUGUUGAUAACAGAAGUUGCCUAUGCCAAAUUUAUCGAGAGUUUUACAAAAGAAAGACACAAAGAAAAAUGCAGCAUGCUCAACCCACACACGCACUCACACACACGGACACACACACAAACAGACAUAUAAGCAUGAUGUGUAUUUUUCUUAUGUGCCCUUUCAAUGCAUUUAACAUAAGCUUAACAUAAUGGAAACAUACAAAUACA